GAAACUAACACUCGACUCUUUCUGCCAGCCACGCCAGUCACCCAGCAGGCCCGCAGGCAGUGAGAGGCGAGGCGGAGGGACUGUCGGACAAACUGUAAACUUAAGUCAAAAAGCGACUAAAGUCCCCAAACUCCCAGGCUUGAAGAGGCUGCACACGGUUCAUCCUUUCUGGCUGCUUCAAGGAAGGAUACGCUGCUGGACAUGUGAAUUUUAAAGGAGAUACUUGCCCACAGCACAACAAUGAAACCAACCACUGCCCCGUGUUGCUUCGGCUUGCUCCUGACUUGCCUCUUGUUCGGGUCGAGCUCUUCACAAUCAGUAUGUGCUGGUACGGAGAACAAGCUGAGCACCCUGUCGGACCUGGAGCAGCAGUACCGCACCCUGAGGAAGUACUACGAGAACUGUGAGGUCGUCAUGGGCAACCUCGAGAUCACGAGCAUCGACCGCAGCCGGGACCUCACCUUCCUCAGAUCUAUCCGAGAGGUGACUGGCUAUGUGUUGGUGGCUCUGAACCAGUUCGACUACCUGCCUUUGGAGAACCUAAGGAUCAUCCGAGGAACCAAGCUGUAUGAGGACAGCUACUCCCUCGCUAUCUUCCUCAACUACAGACGGGACGGAAACUUCGGCCUGCGGCAGCUCGGUCUGAAGAACCUCACAGAGAUCCUGAGUGGAGGAGUCUAUGUCGACAAGAACAAGUUCUUGUGUCACGCCGACACAAUCCACUGGCAGGACAUCGUCAAAAACCCUCGCAUGCAUCCAGUGGUGGUGCCCACCAACAGCAGCGUCUCAUGUCAAAAAUGCAAUCGUUCCUGUAAUGGCCGCUGCUGGGGACCCAAAGAGGACCAGUGUCAGAGCCUAACUAAGACGGUGUGUGCCGAGCAGUGUGACGGCCGAUGCUUCGGUCCCUACGUUAGUGACUGCUGCCAUCGUGAGUGUGCAGGUGGUUGCUAUGGACCAAAGGACACAGACUGCUUUGCUUGCACCAACUUCAAUGACAGUGGGGCGUGUGUGACCCAGUGCCCCCAGCCCUUCGUCUACAACCCCACCACCUUCCAACUGGAGCACAACCCCAGGGCCAAGUACACCUACGGAGCCUUCUGUGUCAAGAAAUGUCCUCAUAACUUUGUGGUGGACCACAGCUCCUGUGUGAGAGCGUGCCCCAGCAACAAGAUGGAGGUGGAGGAGAACCGCAUUAAGAUGUGCAUCCCCUGUACAGACAUCUGCCCCAAAGCGUGUGACGGCAUCGGGACCGCCAGCCUUCAGACGGCUCAGACGGUCGACUCCAGCAACAUCGACAAGUUCGUCAACUGCACCAAAAUCAAUGGCAACCUGGUGUUCCUCAUCACUGGGAUCAAAGGGGACGUAUAUCACAACAUCGAAGCUUUGGACCCAGAAAAACUAAAUGUAUUCCGCACCGUUCGGGAGAUCACAGGCUUCCUGAACAUCCAGUCGUGGCCUGACAACAUGACAGACCUCAGUGUUUUCUCCAACCUGGCAACCAUUGGGGGGAGAGCGCUGUACAGUGGGAUCUCCCUCCUGGUGCUGAAGCAGCAGGGCAUCUCGUCUCUGCAGCUCCAGUCUCUGAGAGAGAUCAGCGCCGGGAACGUCCACAUCGCAGAGAACAGCCAGCUCUGCUACUACAACACGGUCAACUGGACCCGGCUGUUCCGAGCCCCCAACCAGAAGGUUCUGAUCCGCAACAACCAGAGCCCUCAGAAGUGCUCUAAGGGCCGCAUGGUGUGUGACCCGCUGUGUUCGGACUCGGGCUGUUGGGGUCCCGGCCCAGACCAGUGUCUCUCCUGCAGACACUUCAGCCGUGGACGCACCUGCGUGGACACCUGCAACCUUUAUCAAGGGGACAUCAGGGAGUACGCCAACGGCUCGGUGUGUGUGGAGUGUGAUGGUCAGUGUGAGCGAGCUGACGACGACUCUCUGACCUGCAACGGUCCGGGACCAGAACACUGUGUGAAAUGCCUCCACUUUAAGGACGGUCCUAACUGUGUAGAGAAGUGUCCUGAUGGGCUGCAAGGAGCCAACAGCUUCAUCUUCAAGUACGCAGAAGCAAACAACGAAUGUCACCCCUGCCACGUCAACUGCACCCAGGGGUGCAUUGGACCAAGACUGCAAGACUGUAUUGGCUGGAUGGACAGAACCCCUCUGAUCGCAGCAGGGGUUAUCGGCGGCCUCUUCUUGGUGGUGAUCAUGGUGCUGAGCGUAGCGGUGUCUGUGCGCCGGAAGAACAUUAAGAAGAAGAGAGCACUCCGACGCUUCCUGGAGACAGAGCUGGUGGAACCUUUAACACCCAGUGGAACAGCUCCCAACCAAGCCCAGCUACGGAUCCUCAAAGAGACGGAGCUCAAACGGGUGAAGAUCCUCGGCUCCGGGGCCUUCGGAACCGUUUACAAGGGUAUCUGGGUUCCAGAGGGUGAAACUGUGAAGAUUCCUGUCGCCAUUAAAAUCCUAAAUGAGGCAACGGGACCCAAGGCUAACGUGGAGUUCAUGGACGAGGCCCUGAUCAUGGCGAGCAUGGAGCACCCCCACCUGGUGCGCCUGCUGGGCGUCUGCCUGAGUCCCACCAUCCAGCUGGUCACACAGCUGAUGCCUCAUGGGUGCCUGCUCGACUAUGUCCACGAGCACAAGGACAACAUCGGAUCCCAGCUGUUGCUCAAUUGGUGUGUCCAGAUUGCCAAGGGCAUGAUGUACCUGGAGGAGCGGCGGCUGGUCCACAGAGAUCUGGCGGCCCGUAACGUGCUGGUUAAAUCUCCAAACCACAUUAAGAUCACUGACUUCGGCCUGGCUCGCCUGCUGGAUGUUAAUGAGAAGGAAUAUAAUGCUGAUGGAGGAAAGAUGCCCAUUAAGUGGAUGGCUCUGGAGUGCAUCCACUACAGGAAGUUCACCCACCAGAGUGACGUCUGGAGCUACGGGGUAACCAUCUGGGAGGUGAUGACCUUUGGAGGGAAACCAUACGAUGGGAUUUCCACCAGAGACAUCCCGGACCUGCUGGAGAAAGGAGAGCGUCUCCCACAGCCGCCAAUCUGCACCAUCGACGUCUACAUGGUCAUGGUCAAAUGCUGGAUGAUCGAUGCAGACAGUCGGCCCAAGUUCAAGGAGCUGGCUGCAGAGUUCAGUCGGAUGGCUCGUGAUCCUCAGAGAUACCUGGUCAUCCAGGGUGACGACUGCAUGAAGCUGCCGAGUCCCAACGACUCCAAGUUCUUCCAGAGCCUCCUGAACGAGGAGGAGCUGGAGGACCUGAUGGAUGCUGAGGAGUACCUGGUGCCCCACUCCUUCAACAUCCCCCCGCUGGCCUACACGCCCCGCGCACACAUGGACUCCAACAAGAACCAAUACGGGUACCAGGACGCCAGUUUCAGCAUGGAGGACAUGCUGGCCACGCUCCCCAGAGUGGUCUCUGUUCCCCCCGUGUCUGGGAGCUGCCUCCCUCCCCAGGACCUGUCCUCAGGGGGGGGGAUCGGUGGGGGGUUCGGCCGCGGUAACCAGGACGACCCUCGCUGCAACGGGACCCUGAGGAAGAAGGCGUCCCCGAGGACCGGUCCCCUCACCGCAGGACAAGGUAGACAGAGUGGAGUGGAGGACAGUAACGGACAGCGUUACAGCGCCGACCCCACCGGUCUGUUGGCAGAACGAGGAGCGAAAGGAGAAAAGGAGCAGGACGGCUACAUGACUGCCAAGAGAGACAAGAAUAACUCAGACUAUCUCAACCCGGUGGAGGAAAACCCCUUCGUCACGCGCCGUAGGAACGGCGACGCCCACGCCGUGAUCGACGGAGCGAGCUGCCACACCCUGCACAUGUCCGGAGCUGCCGCCGCCGCCAUCGCCGCCCCCACGAGCCAGUCCAUCCUCGGGGACGACGAGUACAUCAACGAGCCUCUGUACCUGAACACCUUCCUCAACCCCGGGGACAAGAACGGGCUGGCCGGCGCCGUCUCCAUCUCCUCCGCCGCCCAAUCAGUAUCGCAGACGGUCAACCCGUCCGCAUCCAGCCACGCCGUCUCCGUCUCCUCCUCCUCCGGGUACGCCGUCCCCCCCGGCCACCUCCCGCACCCGUCGUACCCGUCACACACCCUGCACCCGGGGCAUUCAGGACACGCUCUGCACUCGGGCAUCACCAGCAGCACCAUCAUGUUCGAUAAGAAAGGCAAGAAGGCCACUUUUGACAAUCCUGAGUACUGGCAGCACAGCCUGCCGCCCAAGUCCUCGCUGCUGCACAACCCGGAGUACCUGCAGGACUGCAGCACGCGCUUCUUCUACCGGCAGAACGGACGCAUUCGCCCCGCCGUGGCCGAGAACCAGGAGUAUUUGUCCGAGGCGGCCAUGAAAGCCGGAAACGUGCUCCCACCCCCUCCAUACAGACAGAGGAACACUGUAGUGUAGUGAGCAACCUGUAGCACAACGGAGGGAUCAGGGUGGAGAUACAUGGAUGCUGAAGGAACAGUCCGGUAGAAGAGCCUGAUAAUGUAAUAAAUUCCCG